AUGAGAAAAAGUGGUGGUGAAAAACGUAAUACUAAGUGUAAUAAGGAAAAACAAGAACAGCAACCUCACAACGAGCUGCUCCAACAAUUGCAGCAAGAGUCGCAACCGGUUCAACACCCACAGCAGCAGCAGCAUCAGCAAGAAGAGCAGACUUUCGACGACUACUUGAAACAGUUCUUGGACGAAUUCAAGCAAAUUGAAUUGAGUGUAGUGGAAGCGCGAGAAACGCUUGCACUACAACAACUGGUACUUCAGAUUAGGGAGGAGCGUCUAAAAAAGUGUGAACAUAUAAUGGGAUAUAAUUUAAGUCUCUUAGAAAUAAUUAUUGUAUUGGUUAAGACAGGAAGAUUGCGGAAAUAUCAAGAAAAUGAAGAACAAUCAAGAAUAUCGCAGAAACAGCAUUCGACCGGCUCAGCUCUACCAAAUUUAAAGCGAAUGUUGGUGAUGGAUGAAACUAAUACUGAGAGGAGAAGAAAGAAAACAGUAUCUUCAUCAUCAUCAACAACAAUUGCUACAUUGUCGGGGUCUUUAUCACAUCGUGUCGCACCAUCACCUGUGGAGAAGCUUGGUUUGGCGCAACACAUCCAGAUAUGGAUGAAAUCCUAUAGAAAAAAUCAAGAGGAUGGUGCAGCCGCGGUGGCAAAGGCUGAAGCGGCAGUGAAAAAGAGUGCGCACGCGCCACUAAGAGUCACCCGAUCGGAAUUCUCGGAAGAAAGCCGAAAUUUUUUGGAGGAAGGUCAACGCAUCGAGAUUGACUUGGAAGAAUACAAUCAAGAAACCGAUUCGGAGGAGGACACUUUACCUGAUUCCUCAAGUUGGUGGGCUCCAUGUCAACCACCGGACGUAUUAGCUGGACCAGCUGACAGCUCUUGGAUGUGGGUUCCAGAAAUCGUUGAUGAUGAUGAUGAGAGGAGAAGCAGACUCUCACUACACCAUAAAUAA